GCGGGGCCCUCCUGGCAGCUCCCCCUGCCUCACACCCAUGCCCGUCCCCUGAACCCCCUGGGCACCCAUGUGCUCGCCCGGGGACCGCUCCCCACCAUGAAUGACCAGUACCACCGGGCCGCCCGGGACGGCUACCUGGACCUGCUGAAGGAAGCCACCAAGAAGGACCUGAACUCGCCGGAUGAGGAUGGCAUGACCCCGACCCUAUGGGCUGCCUACCACGGCAACCUGGAUGCCCUGCGCCUCAUUGUCAGCAGAGGGGGUGAUCCAGACAAAUGUGACAUCUGGGGGAACACCCCUCUCCACCUGGCAGCAGCCAACGGCCACCUGAACUGCCUUUCCUUCCUCAUCUCCUUUGGGGCCAACAUCUGGUGCCUGGACAACGACUACCACACCCCGCUGGACAUGGCAGCCAUGAAGGGGCACAUGGAGUGUGUGCGGUACCUGGACUCUAUUGCUGCCAAGCAGAGCAGCCUCAACCCCAAGCUGGUGAGCAAACUGAAGGACAAGGCCUUUCGUGACGCGGAGAGGAGGAUUAAGGACUGUGUGAAGCUGCAGAAGAAGCACCACGAAAGGAUGGAGAAACGGUACAGAAAGGAGAUGUCAGAUAACUCAGAUACCAUGAGCUUUUCCAGCUAUUCAAGCAGCACCUUAAGCAAGAAGUUCCAGCACAUGUCUAUGGUGACCUCCCUGCCAUACUCACAAGCCACCAUCCAUGGCACAGCCAAGGGAAAGACGAAAAUACAAAAGAAACUAGAGAAGAAGAAGCAGGUGGAUGGGACAUUCAAGAUCUACGAGGAUGGGAGGAAGAGUGUGAGGUCUCUGUCUGGCCUGCAGCUGGGCAACGACGUCAUGUUUGUGAAGCAGGGCACGUACGCCAGCCCCAAGGAGUGGACUCGCCGUAACAUCAGAGACAUGUUCCUCACGGAUGAAGACACUGUCUCCCGUGCCAUAAGUGACCCAGGCUUGCACAUGGACUCGGCCCACUCUGAAGUCAGCACCGACUCUGGCCACGAGUCCCUGUUCAACCGCCCCGGGCUGGGCACCAUGGUGUUCCGGCGCAACUACGUCAGCAGUGGGCUUUUCGGGAUCGGCCGGGAGGAUGGGGGCACGCUGGGAGACGACAACACAGACGGGAUGGGUGUCAAACUGCGGAGCCGCCUGCAGCGCUCGCCAAGUCUCAACGACAGCAUUGGCAGUGCCAACAGCCUGCAGGAGAGGAACGCGGAGGAGCUGCCCUGGGACGAGGUGGAGCUGGGCUUGGACGACGAUGACGAACCAGACACCAGCCCCUUGGAGACUUUUCUGGCUUCCCUGCACAUGUUUGAGUUCAUCUCCAUCCUGAAGAAGGAAAAGAUUGACUUGGAGGCCCUCAUGCUAUGUUCAGACAAUGACCUGAAGAGCAUCAAUAUCCCACUGGGCCCCAGGAAAAAGAUUGUGGAUGCCAUCCAGAGGAGACGACAAACUCUGGAGAACCCAGAUGUCAUUGUAGACACUGAACUAUAGCAUCAGCAUCUAUUUUUUUUUUUUUAAAUGCUCGAGAAACAAACCCAGUUCUAAGUUGCCAGAAAACACAAGCCAGAGACUCCCUUCCUGGGGCAGCUGAAAGCUACAGCCAUCCCCACCAGUCCUGCUGGACUGCUCCCUUGCUCUGCUCCCUGUCUGUGCGAUGCUCCCAGGCGGUACCUGGUACGGAGGAACGACUGCUGAGAUUGGACCAGGCAGCACCAACCUGCCAACCUUGAAGGGACCAUGGUCUCCCCCUCACUGGAGGAAGAAGUGACCUGCACAGCUGGCUGGGACACUGCUCUCACAGGCUGUGAGACCACACGAAGC